AUGGCGCUGCUACGAGGCUCCUUUAUUCGCUUCUCUGGUGGAGCAGCGAAACCGCAUUGGAGUCAACUCGUUGCUCUUUCAUCUUUCUUCGCCACAUCGAUGUUUAUAACUGGGCGCUUUAAUGACACCUUCCAGAAGAUAGUCGAUCUAACUUCAUUGCUGGAGCACCAAGCAGCUAAAGAGUUAGAAGAAGAGGGGUUUUGGCUCUCAGAAGAAAGAGAGAGAGAGCAUAGGUUGCUGCUGCUGCAGCAGCAGGAGCAGCGAUUAGAAUCAAGCUGGGCUGCUGCUAUUGCUGCAGCAACAGCAGCAAAGGAUUUCGGUGUUCUAUGUGCUCAUCUAGAACCCCAAACCCUAAACCCUAAACCCUCAGAAGCUCAAGACCCUGCAGCUUCAUCUAUUCAAAUACUGCCUUCUCUGUCUUGGCGUCUAAAUAUGAUUCCUUAUGGAGACAACUCCUCAGACGCCCACGCAUUCCCGACACCCAGCCACGAACUCCCCCUACGCGCCUUCUCCUUAUCGUUUACCUCUAAUAAUCUGUCUGGCAACUGGGGAGACUACAUCAACAGGCAAGACAACAAGAACGCAAUAAUGAGGCCUUCUCGUGUGAUGUUUACUGACGUCUUCAUCCCUCCUACUAAAUAA